AUGUUCAAGACACCCGUUGAAAAUACCGGGUUGCUUAACUUAAUAAAUGCAACCCCUCGGUUAACGAUAUUUUCCUAUACGAUGCAUUACCUGUUAUUGGUGUUACUACUUCAACGAUUAACUGUCCCAAUUUAUUCCAGACAUGGUAAGUAGGCUAAACUGUGAAAUAUAUUGCUGUUUGACAAUGUUAAGUACGUCUAACAACAUUUCAGUAAUCACGUUCUUCCUUAAACCCUCAAGAUGUACUAGCUCUUUCGGUUUUCCAUAUGAUAAACAUUGAAUUUGUACAUGUUUUUUUCCUUUAAGUAAAAAAAAUCUGUCGGAUUUCCAUGUCAUCAGUCCCCUUUGUGAAAAGUAAAUAUGCAAAAAAUAUUGAAGGGGUCAACACGUCCUUAGUAUCGCUCCCAAUACAAGGUGAUACAAAACGAAAACAAAUUGAUCAGAAUUAAGAAAUGUACGAAGUGUGGGCGUGUUUGUAAUUUAAGGGGCGUAAUGGUCUCAUAAUAAAUAUUUUCUGGUCUGCCUCUGUCUAUAAGGUGGAUGUAGUAUUGUGUAAGAAACUUUGGAAACAAAUUAUGGCAGCUUCAUUGUUACCGAUGGAAAUGACACAAUCUGUGAUUUUCGAUUUCAGCCGGCGACGUUUCUAUGUGACACGACAAUUAUUUAUAUGAGGAAAGAUUAUUCGAGUUCCACGUUAAACAAAAAAAAUUCUCACGAAUGAGCCAAUCAUGACUAAACUUAAAAGCUCAUUUUUACGAAUUAUUCAGCAACCGAAAUGACUGAGAACAUUAAGUAUGACUAAAGCAUGCUGACAACGUAUCAUAACAUUCUGGGUACCUCCCUAGUAAUCGAAUCGGUUCAAAAUAAAGAAAAGUUUGGUGGUUUGUAUCUUAGAUUGCACAAAUGUUUUUGUACCUAUCAGACGGCAGCAAAACAGAAGGACACAGUUUGCCUAAGAGAGUCCAUGUCGCUAAGAAGGAGGAACUCCUUGGUGAGGAUACCAACAGAAUUGAUCGAGCAGAGUACAGCUUACAGAACUUGGUCAGUCCAGAGAGAUAUGAAGCCAAUAAAUUCUUCAACAAGCCUCCUUCCAAAGAGAUAGGUGGCCUCAGAGUGGACACCAUGUCACCAGCCCAGGUUUCUUUUAUCCAAAGCAGUACCCAGUGGCACAAGUAUUAUAAGCCGAUGUCUUCCUCGUCUUAUCCAUCCACCAUUUAUCCCGAGGAUCCUGUCCUGUUCCCGGGAGUAAAGGCUUAUAAGGGGCAAAAAACCAGCGAAAGAGAUGGCUAUAAUGAGGGAAUUUCUGAUUUAGUGAACGAAGGUGCGACAAGGCAGCACCAUAUGACCAACGAAUGGGGCACGAAUUCGUAUGGAUCUUAUGGUGACAUGGCCGGAGGAGAUCAACGUCAAAAUGAUUACGAGAAUACUCCAUUUACCGACAAAAGCUGGUGGAAUCCAAAAACAGAGGCAAAGAACGCCAAUGGUUACGAAAGUUUAGAUGGCAAAAGUGUUGCUGUUCCUGAACCUAGAAAUACCCAAGAUGAUCUUCUUAACUCAGAGAGUCGUUUUAUUGGCAGAUCACACGAAUUACUUGACGGAGGUGACAUGGGAAGCAUAAGACACCACUCUAACUUUCUGGGUGGCCAAAAUCGGGGUCUCUUAAAUAAACUAGAAUCUUUAAAGGAAAAUGGUGUUAUACCUCAGGGGGAGGAGGAAAAGGUUUUCUUUAAUGGCAAUCAGAAGUUUCUCACCCAGAGUGGUGUUGCGAGUCCACCCUUAGACACGCCUCCAGGACCCUCAGAAGGCCUUGGUACGGCGCUUGCCGAGGAGCUGCUUCAGAAAAAUAAAGGGAAAUUUAGGGACGAAGGGGAAUCAACCAACAUUAUAGAAGGAAUAGGUGAAACUGCUUCAGUGCUUAGGACAGGACAGAGAGAUUUUGAUGACGCAAGUUUACUUUCUAAGCCGCUGCUAGAUGAGAAGGCCACCCAGCGGACUACCAUGUACCACAACAAUGAUUUUGACAGCGACACAGGGCACUUGGUUUUAAUCCGAAGUCAUCAAGUGAAAGAAAAUGAUGCGAGAAGAAAAUACGCGAGGAAAUUCGACAAAGUAGUCAAGCAAAAGCAACUCGUUACUAGCAGAUCUAAUAGAGUAAAAAUAGAUGUUGCAGGGCAAAGAGUAAGUCAUAAACUGAACUCACAGCAAGCAAAGACCGCAGCUAGCAUGAAAUCUCUUAAAUCACGCAAAGAAAAACCAUGUAAGCGUUGCAAUAGGGCCUUGCUGAUGAAAAAUCUUUCUUGAACAGGAAAUAUUCACCGGUCGCACAAAGGCGGACAAAGUAUUCGUAUUAGCGGUACUGUAGAAUUGGAGACUGCAAAAGAACCAGUAAUUCUCGUUUCUUUUGUGUAUAGUCAAACGUUAUUAAUCAUCAAAUGCUCGAGUGUAGACUGUGAAACAAAGCGCUAACCUGUGUAACAGAGGCAAAAUGAUAUGGAAAAGAACUUCCUAACUUUGUAAUUAAUGCUCAAGCGUCUUAUAACGAUAUUGUGGUUUAAAGCUUUGUCACAGUCAGUAGAAACACAAAUAUUUUAGGAUUCUUUGCGGAUCUUUGUCAAUGAAGGGCGCGUUUAACAGGCGUGAUGUACAAAAAUUGUUAUUUUCUAAUCUUGGACAUCGGUUUGGAAAGCGUUUGGUGACUAAAUUUUUGUAGCAAAAUCGAUAUUGUGUGCAUGUAGACAUCUAGCGAUA